AUGGCUGCUCCACAGCUGUCCGACAGCGAAUUCCCUGUCUCAAUAACUAUCUCCCUUCCCUUCCCGACACAACGUCUUGCCUCCUCCGCCUUGCAGGCCAUCGAAGUCGACACCGAGCUGUCCUCGUCCGUGCGACGCACCAUGACUCUCACAACCCCGACCUCCGAGAACGGUGACGAACCGCAGGAAAAGAAGCAGAAGCAGGAUCCCGAGGAGUCGAAGAGCGUACUUCAGACCACCUACCGUGCCACCACCAACCGCAUGCUGCGGGUCGCUGUCAAUGGGUUCAUGGAAAGCUUGGGGGUGGUUCUCGGUGUCAUGAAGGAGUUGGAUAUUGACGUGCUCAAGGCGGAAAUGGAAGGCUGA